AUGUUGGAGAACAUUAUAUCAAUUUUUCAAAAUUGUCAGAGAUAUGAUGAAGCCAAAGUGGAUACGCCUGUUUUAAGGAUGACCGAUACAUCUGAAGUCUAUAGAGUGUUUAAAGACAUGAAGCCAGAAUUAGCAAGAAAGCAGUUGUCCACCAUCACUUUAACGACAGAACACAGGUGGUUUCCUAGAGCUAGGGAUAAGAAGGCUAAGAAAACUGAAAUGAAUCGGCCCUUUUUGUAA